AUGACAUGGUUGGACUUUGUUGAUGUGUUCAACAAGAAGUACUACAGUGCCGCCAUACUAGCUGCAAAAGAAGAUGAGUUUAUGAAUCUGAGGCAGAAUAAUCUCACUGUCACGGAGUAUGCUAGGCAAUUUGACCGUCUGGCAAAGUUUGCACAAGAGAUCGCACCAACCGAGGCCCUACGGGUCAAAAGAAAAGCUCUCGAAGCUGAGUUACUCGAAAAUGAUAUAAAGAAGGAGAAUGUUGCUAAGAGGGAAGCCCGAAGAAACAAUGGAGGAAAUCAAGAGAAUAAGAGAAAACACGAGGGAAAUCACGGUAAUGAUCGUGAUAAAAAGGGGAAAGCAGUGGUCCAAAAUAACAACAAUGGGGUGAAAAGGACCUAUGUAGAAUUCCCAAUUUGCCCCACAUGCAAUAGGAAACAUCUUGGGGAGUGUAAGAUGAAGUCAGGGGUGUGCUACAAUUGCGGGCAGCUAGGCCAUCUGAAGAAAAAUUGCCCAAAGGGACAAAAGAAGGAGAACCAAGCCGCUCCUGCUCGAGUGUUUGCUCUCACCAGAGGAGAAGCGGCCACAAGCAACACUGUUGUCUCAGGUCAGGUUUCUAUUUACGGAUUGCCUUGUAAUGUUCUCUUUGAUUCUGGAGCUACUCAUUCUUAUAUAGCUACUAGGGUAAUUGAUAGUAUAGAUAAGCCAUGUGACCUACUUAGAUGUGGUAUUGUGACGGAAUUACCCUCGGGAGAAACCAUGUUAUCAACAAGAAGAAUGUGA